UAGAAAUGGGAGCUGCGCUGGACACAGAAUGGGUCGACUUGUGCCGAAGCAACCAGCAAAGCCGCCGGCCGUGCCGAUUCCUGGCUUCGAGAGCGAUAUACAUAAGAUUGUUGAUGAGUUUACGCUAAAGGUGCAAGAAGGAGCUCCACUUAACCUAUCCACCUUCAAGGAGAUAUGGCGGAGUCGGGGGUUUUCCUUCGUGCACCAGGCGGUGCCGCUCAACGUUCCGCCAUGGGACUUCCUGCAGCUGCUGUACGGGGCCGCCCUGAAUCGCCUGGCCGACCCCAGCCCCUUCCUCGCCUACCAGCCCGACCCCGCGGAGCUGCUGCAGCAGCAGCGCGAGCGGCGGCAGAAGCUCAUCCAGGAGCACCAGGCGCGGUUGGCGCAGGAGCAGAACAAGCCUGCCGCGGUGCCGAGGCCCCCAAGGGUGCUGCGACGGGGCCCAGAUGGGCGAUUUGUGAUGAAAGAGGCGGGCGCUGAGCAGGAGCAGGAGCAGGAGCAGGGACAGGAGCAGCUGGAGCAGGCUCCGGGAGCGGAGGCGCUAAGACAAUUGCUGCUGGAGCAGUUUCCUAGCUUGGAAGCCGCGCUUGCGUCUGCGCAGGGCACCAUGGUUGAUGCUGGGUUGUUCUCUGGCGCUGUAGCUGGUGCACCUCCUGGCUUGGGCAGUGGCGCGUUCGGCUUGGAGGCUGGCGCCGGCGCGGGCAUGGCGGCAACAGCAUUUCCACCGGGGCUGGCGGAUGGAGCUCGGAUGCUGGCUGCGGCGAAGGCCAGCUUGGCAGCUGCUGCUGCGGGUGGCCACGGCCAGGGUUUGGGCCAGGUGCAUGGUCACGGCCAGGCAGCGGUGGACCCGCACCAGCAGGAGUUCCUAGACCAGCUGGAUGAAUUCAUAGGGCACAUGCAGGUGGUGGAGGCGGGGCAGCAGGCGCUGGCAGCAGCAGCGGGCCAGCAAGGGCCCUUGGCAGGGCCGUCGCGAGGAGCCGCUACCAGCGGGCUGGGCCAUGGCGGGCAGGACCAGCAGCACCCGCAGCAACAGCAGCAACAGCCGCAGCCCGCCGCGGCAGCUGCAGCCGGUGAUGACUCAGGCCUGGACCUCAUCGGCAGCGGGUUCGGAAGCGGGUUUGGAAGCGGCUUUGGGAGCGGCUUUGGGCUGGGGAGCGGGCUGCAUGAACUGUCGCGGCAAGCGAGCGGCCGGCCGGGCAACGGGGCGGAGCGGCCCCCAGAGCAGCCGCAGGGCACAGGCCUGGUGGCGAUGGCGCUUGUGGCAGCAGCGGGGGGCAUGUCGGUGGCCCAGGAGGACGACUAUGACGCACUAGAGGGCGAGGCGGCGCCGAUACCGCCCGUUGGUGGAAUGGCAUCCGGAGCAGGGGCGGCAGGGUCUGAGAUAGCCCCCUACGGUGCGGAAGUGACAGCUGCGCAGGGGCCGGGGCCAGUGGGGCCCGAGGCACAGGCAGGCGUAGCGGCCGCGGCGCCGACGAUGCCCUUUGCGCUCCAUGACACGCCUGUUGGCUUCAGCCCCGCCGACUCGCUGCCCUCGGCCUUGGGAAGCCCCACACGCUGGGGGGCGCUGUUGGGCGCGCCAGCAGGCACGGAGCGUGCCGGCGCUUCGAGCCUGGCGGCAGUGGCGGGUGGCAGCCUGCUGGGUUCACCGCUGCUGCGCGGCGCCAUGUCUCCUCUGAUGCGUGGAUUGGGGGAUGGCGGGGGUGCGGGAGGUGGCGAGGCCGGCGGGCUGGCCAUGCCCUCGCCCAUGCGCGGCCCGCUGCCCUCCCCGCUGCGCGACCUGGGCUUCUCGCCGCUGCAGUCGCCCGGCAUGACGCCCAUCCGCAGCGGGCAGGCGCUGGGCGGCGGCGACGGCAGUGGGGCUCUGCCACAGCUUCCGCCGCUGCCAUCUCUGAUGCAGCUGCCGCCCCCGGCAGUGCCGUUGGAGCCAGCGCCCACAGGUGCAGCUGCGCCGGGACCCUUGGCUGUGGCGCCGUGGGUUGGAGCUUCAGGGCAACCGCAGCAGCAGCAGCAGCAGCAGGAGCCUGCUAUGGUGGACGCGGUGCUGCCUGCGCUGCGAGAGCUGGCGGAGGUGCAUGCCGGCAGGGCAGCUGGGGCGCUGCACGCUCCAGCACAGCCGCUAGCACUGCCAGCGCCCCAAGCCCUGCAGCCGGGUCUGCCAACCGCGCCGGUGCAUGGGUUGCAGCCACCACACGGCGGCGAUGGGGCACCUCUCGCGCUUACGCUGCAUGCCCCUGGUGAUGGCGCUGGCCCGCUGGGCCCGGGCCCCCAGGCUGGAGCAGCACCCCCGUUAGGGCCGCCGCCGCUGCUGUCAAUGGCGCCGUCCGUUUCGCCUCCACCGCACACGACAAACGGAGUCGCACAGCAGCCGGUAACGGUUCCUGGACGGGCUGCAGCUUCUCACAGCCCCGGCAUGCUGGCAGCUGCUGAGGUAGUCCGUGACGUGGCCGGGACAGCCGGCGAGUCAGAGCGAGGGCCGAGCCCCCCCAUGCCGGGAGCCGGGCCGCUGCCGGCACUGGCGCGUGUACCCAGUGCUGUCAUGGCGCCUGGCCCCGCGCCUGGCCCUGUCUCGCCACCACUGCCACGCCAGUUAAGCAUGGCGCCUGGGCCGUCUCCGCCACCCACACUAGCGUCCGGGCCCUCCCCGCCGCCGGGCGCGUCUUCACAGACCCCGCUGCUGCCGCAGCCCGCACAGCCUGCCGCCGCACAGGGCCCCUUGCCGCACCCUAGCAUGGCACCAGGCCCAUCGCCGCCUGCCUUGCCGCUGCCAGGGCCACCACCAGGGGGCAGUAGUCGAGGCCCCUCGCCCACACAUGCCAUGGCGCCGGGGCCCUCGCCGCCCCCCCCUGCCAUCAUGGCCCUGGGCCCAUCGCCGCCGCUACCCGCCGGGCCUUUGAUCGCCAACCCCCUCAGAUUGAACGGCCCUGCCGCUUUUGAGGCCGCGUACGCAGCUGCAGCUGCAAGUGGCAUUCUUCCAGCAUUUGGUGCUGGGCAAGGGGUGGAGGCAGGCGGUGGUGGAGCCGUGGGCGUCAUGCUGGACCCGCAGUCAGUCGCCAGCGUUGCAGCCGCAGCAGCGGCUGCUGCUGCCGCUGCCAUGGACGCAGCACCGACGGCUGCGGGAACGGGCGCGACAGGGUCCGGCCUCUCAGGUCUGACGCUCGGCAGCGCUGCUCAGGCAGCGGGCGCGGCCGGGGCGCUGGCGCUAGCAGGGCAAGCCGGGCCGCUUACCGCGCCGCUAGCGUUGCAUGCGCCCGGAGCUACUGGUAGUGGCGCCGCCGUUGCAGCAGGCCCUGGCCCGCAGACACAAGCCGCGCCUGCAACGAUCGUGGAACUGCCGCCACCCGCGCCGCUGCCUGUGGCCCUGCCGCCUCCUGGGCCCGACGUGCCGCUGGCCGCACGUGUUGGCGCCGUUUACGCGGUGUACUGCCUGUACGGCACACAGCUGUGCAGCCCCCGGGUGCGGGUGUACGUGCCGCUGCCGCUCCUGGGCUCGCUGGCGGCCACGGUGCGGGAGGCGGCGGACAAGGGGGUCAAGGACGCGGUGGCAGCGAUGCGGGCAAUGUGGCGUCAGGGCGUGCUGGUCCCCGGCGGCGUGCUGCGCUACCCCGGCGCCACCACGCCACGCCCGCGCCGUGCGCCACCAGCUCCACCGCCACCGCGCGAACUGACACCCGCGCAGCGUGCCGCCCGGGCCGCCGCGCGCGCUGCCAACCCCGUGCCGGAGCACGAGCGGCUGCGCCCCGGCGCCCCCUUCCAGAGCGUGCUGGUGUCCAAUCCCGUGCUGCGGCAGGCGUUGCUGCACCUGCGCAUGGCGCUGCCCGGCGUCACUGACACGGCGGCACUGCAGCGGCUGUGCGACACGUACGAGCAGCAGCGUGAAGCCAUAUUCGCGGAGCCGGAGCGGCGGCGCGGCGGGCGGGCAGCGGGAAUGGGAGUGGCGGCAGGUGCCGCCAGCGGAGCUGGCCGAUCCGCCGCGGGUGCGGCAGCAGCACCAGCAACUGGUGGAGCGGAAGCGGGAGGGGCUGGCGGUGUGAGGGACCGGAGGCAGCGGCGUCAUGUGCCUGAGGUGCUGUUUGAGGCCAGCAUCGGGCGGCAGGUGGCCGACGCACUUCAGACCUCCUUCACACGCGUGAUCGAGCUGUUGAGACAGCCACCGCUUAGCCGGCGCAAGGCGGAGGAGAAGAAGCGGCGCAAGGAGGAGCUGCAGGCAGCGAUUGCGGAGGAGGAGGCGCGCGCCGCAGCGGAGGCAGCGGCCGCGCCCCGGACGGUGGCGGACGCUGUGGCUGAGGUGGCGGCCCGGCCGGCGGGCGUGACUGGGCGGCGUGUGGCGGGAGAGCUGGGUGCGCUUAUGCGGCAGCGGGCGGGCGGGCCGACUUCGGGCAGCGGCCCUACAGGGCCUAGCUACACGGUCCGCGUCAUCAGACACAGGGUGGAGCUGCAAUCCGCGGGCUUGCUGCCGGACAUGGCCGAGGCGGGCGCUGCCGCCGGCAGGGCCGGCCAGGCGCAUGAGGAGGACGAGGACGUGGCGGUCGCCGCCCGGCAGUUGCACCUGCCGGGUGUGCCCGCGCGCCUGCUGCAGAAGGAGGCGGAACGCAGGCAGCGGGUCGCCAGUGUGGCCGACCGCUGGCUGUCGGAGCAAGACCGCCAGAUGCGGAGGGAGGCCGGCGACGUGAGCAGCGCCGCCGGUGCUGGCUCGGCUGCUCGCGGCGAUCGGCCAGGCUCGCAGCCAGGGUCAAGCGGGCGCCCAGCAGGCACUGCGUCCGCAUCGGGUGCUACUGCUAAGGCUUCGGCAAGGCCUGCUCGUGGUCGUGGAUCCAGCAGGGCAAAUGCUGCUGCUCGCACUGCCCGAGCUGAGAGCGAGCCGGAGGACGAUCUGGCUGACGUCAACGUGGACAUAGACCUGGAUCUUGAAGCGGCGCUUGAGGCAGAAUUUAGCCGCAUCGAGGCGCACCAGCAGGCGGGCACCUCAGCAAGGACAGUGCCCGCAGACGCCGCUGCCAACAUCGCCGCUACCGGACAACCGCGGCAGCAGAAGGCCAAGCCGGCGGCCGCAAAGCCCUAUGGUACCGCACCGGCAACCGCAAAGGCGCAACCCGGUCCCCGCGCUGCAGCCGCGGCCGACGCUGCAAGCGGCGCUGGUGGCACCAAAUCUCCGAAACCGCCACAGCGGCUGCUGCACGAGGCGUACCCGGGUCUGGAUGUGGUGUGCGGCGGCACCCGCGGCCGCCUGGACACUCGCGCCCGCACCGUGACCUGCGCCUGCACCGCCUGCGAGCACGCGGGCGCAAGCAGCGGCGCCGUUGUGGAUGUGGCGGAGUGGCCGGGCCACUUGGCCGCUGGGGAGGGGCGCAAGAACUGGCAGACGGCGGUGCAGGUGCUGGUGCAGGCGGAGGAGGGCGGCGGCGCUGGAGAUGGCGGCGGCGGCGGUAAGGACGCAGUGCGAAGGCCCACGUUGGCCGCCUUCCUGCGCCGCAAUGGCCUGUUGCUAGGGCGCCGGGUGGCGGCGGCGGCCAAUGCAGCGGCAGCCGCUGGCGGCACAGUCGCUAAGGGUAAGCGGCGGCAGGAGGCAGCAAGCACAGCAGGCGCCAAGAAGCAGCGGCGACGCGCCGGCUCACCCGGUUCCGAGUCCGAUUGGGAGUCAGACGGGGGCGGUUCGUCCAACGAAGAGGACGGAGGGACUGGAGUCGGAGUGCCAGCGACUGCAACCCGCACGCUGCCACCUCGCCAGCGGCGAGCUUCUGCUGCGGCACGGACCGCUGACGGCGUUAUGGAGGACGUCAACGAUGCCAGUGACUCCGAGACGCAGUUGCCCGGUGGAUCAAGCCGUGGCCUUGGCCAGGGCCGUGGGCUUGGCCGUGGCCGUGGCCGGGGCGGGGGCCGAGGCCGCGGUGCAGCUGCCGACGGCGCAAUACCCGGGCCGUCAGCGGCGGGCGGCGGUCCGGGUGCUGGUCGUCUGGCUGUGAACGCAGAUGAGGAGUCGGAUGAGGAGCUGGCGGAGCUGCUGAGGUCCACUCAGGAGGCCAUGGCCGCGGCCCAGCGUGUGACGGCUGGUCUCGUUGACGGCGGCGGCGGCGGCGGUGUCGCUUCCGCUGCUGCUGUUGCUGCCGCUGUCGGUGGUGCCGCUGGGGCGGAAGCGGCGAGAAAGCGCCAGACGGCUGCUGCUGCACGCCCGCAACUAGGACGCGGGGGUGGUGAUAGAAGCGAGACCAGCGGGCGCGGGCGCGGGCGCAGUCGAGGCAGGGGUGCCGCUGCAGCUGGUGGUGCUGCCGCCGGGGAUGACGCAGCACCGGCAGCCAAACGAGGCCGCAAGGCUAGCAAUUCUCCUGCUGCCCCCACUGGCGUUGAGGGUGCGGUACCUGCAGCAAGUGGAGCGGGACGCAAGCGCAGAGUGUCAGAAGCACCGCUUGCUGCAGACGCCCGGAUAAGCGAUGGCACGCCUUCGGCAGCGCCCAUGCCGGCUGCCAAGCGGCAGCGUGUUGGCAUGGCAGCAGUGAGCGCAGGGGCGCGAGCACCGGUGUCAGGCUCCGCACUGCCGCCACGGCCACCGCUGGUGCCAGGGAGGGCGCCAGCAGUCAGCCCCGCCGCAGCUGCUGCCACGCAGGCACCAGUACCGACGCGACAGGCACCGGUUGCGCAGGGGCUGGGCUCGACGGUUGUGAUGCGCCAGGAUCUCGAUGAGGAUGCCGAGGUGGUGGUCAGCGACGUGGACGAAGAGGGUGACGAUGACAGCGGUGCGGAGGAUGCUCCAGGUACUGGUGGGCGGGUCAACGGCACCGCCGCGUCAGCAAACGCAGCCCGGGCCCCUGGUGUGGGGGCUGUGUCUGGGGCUGCACCUGAUGACGAGGAUGAAGAUGACGACCUGGAGGACUUCAACCGCUUCUUUGCCGCAGUGAAAGACCUCCAGUAGUGGGCGUACGUGACGGGAAUCGCACUAGAGUGGCGCUUGUGUGAGGCCAGCCAACACCGUGUGGCGUCAUGGCCACAUGUGGGUGAGGAGGCGGUAUGAUUACAUGUACAUGUCGCAGGAGCUGUGCGCAAAAACUGUGGGGCGUGGCCGCGUGGGUGUGGAUACUCCUCCAUCAUUACUGACUGCAUUUUGCAUUACGGUAGGCUUGCGUUGGUGUUGAAUCAUAGGCAGCGGGUGGCAACGCAUGAUAUCUGCUGUAGGCAUCAGCCGGCUGCGGCUCUUUCGCUGAAAUUAAAAUCACGUGCAUGAUUGCAUGGGAAGGCGCUGUGGUGCACACUGUAGCUAGGCCA